GCUGGCACUGCAGUAGUGGAGCGCUCAGCGGACAGCUCUUGGUGCUGAACUGAACAUAGAGCGGGAGCUUCCCGUCACUCAAAGCCAUUGUGCUCCUGCACGUCUGUUACUCAAGUAGGACUUCUCAGAAGACCAAGCCAUGAUCACCGGAGCUUGUUGGAGGUGCCUCCUCCUCUCCUUCUUUUUUCUAAGGGGAUCUGCACAGAAUUUUGCACAGACGAGGUUUAUAUGCACUUCAGUGCCUGUUGACAUGGAUAUGUGCACUUCAUCCAUGCAGAACAGUGGUCCCACAGAAGACCUGAAGACCACCAUUCUGCAGCUGCGAGAGACAGUUAUCCAACAAAAAGAGACGAUAAUGAAUCAAAAAGAUACUAUCAGGGACCUGACUGGCAAGCUAGCCAGAUGUGAGGGUCAGACCGUCCUGGAAAUCCCAUCCAAUGAACCCAAAGGUGGUGCUCCCGGCUCCCGGAAAAAAGAGACUGGGACUUCUAAAAACACAAUGGGAGAUUUAUCGAGGAGCCCCACAGCUGAGACCCUCACGCAGCUCGGACAGACUCUGCAAAGUCUGAAGACAAGACUGGAGAACUUGGAGCAAUACAGCAGAGGUAAUUCAUCUGUCCAAGCCACCAGUCUGAAAGAUCUGCUGCAAACCAAGAUAGAUGACCUGGAGAAACAAGUUCUCUCCAGAGUGAACAACCUAGAGGAGGGGAAGGUGAACCUGAAGAACGAGACUGAGCUACGAGGAAAAAUUGAAAGCGCUUUAACCUCCCUUCAGCAGAGGAUUACUGAUUUGGAAAAAGGCCAAAAAGAGAAUAGACCUGCAGACAAAUUUCAGCUCACCUUUCCACUUAGAACGAACUACAUGUAUGCAAAAGUCAAGAAGAGCUUGCCCGAAAUGUACGCUUUCACUGUCUGCAUGUGGCUGAAAUCCAAUGCUUCGCCUGGUGUUGGAACUCCAUUUUCUUAUGCAGUACCUGGCCAAGCCAACGAGCUAGUGCUUAUUGAGUGGGGCAACAAUCCAAUGGAAAUACUAAUUAAUGACAAGGUGGCGAAACUGCCCUUUGUUAUCAAUGAUGGUAAAUGGCAUCACAUCUGUAUUGCAUGGACCACAAGGGAUGGCGUGUGGGAAGCCUAUCAGGAUGGAGUGCUUAGAGGAAAUGGAGAAAAUUUGGCUCCAUAUCACCCCAUCAAAAACCAGGGAGUCUUAGUGCUCGGCCAAGAACAGGACACCCUAGGAGGUGGAUUUGAUGCCACCCAGGCUUUUGUUGGGGAGCUGGCCCAUUUCAAUAUGUGGGAUAGAAAGCUGGUUGUUGGAGAGGUGUAUAACCUGGCGACCUGCAGCAACAAAGCACUGACUGGUAAUGUCAUCAGUUGGGCUGAAACCAACAUUGAGAUCUAUGGUGGUGCCACCAAGUGGACAUUCGAUGCAUGUCGUCAGAUCAAUUGAACAGAUUAUGGAUUGGAUUUCGUUUCUCAGCUUGAAGAUAUCAUCGGCCUCAUCUUGCACCCUGCCUUUCAAAUGAGGGCUCAUCAGCAACAAGGUUGUUUCAUUUUUUUAUCCUGAAAAAAAAAAACUAUUCUAGAAAAAUAACCACCAAAAGAAGCAAAACGAUAACAUUGCAACUUAUUCACUCGUUUUAUCCAUAAACCACACCUUGCAUCUCAAACUUGGAGCAAGAGCUUCAGCAUUUUUAGGAAAGGCACACAAGGAUUUCAGCCAGAAGAUUUUUUAGGGAGAUUCACUUUUGUAUUUAGGAAGAUCUCUUGACAGUUUGGUUUUCACAUUGCCAACUUGGUUUAACCUUUUAGCUGCUGGAGAGGUCUGCACGGAGAUGGCCUACAAGUGUCUCUUGCAGGGCCAGCAGGGAUGGGGUUAAUCCUGAGUGCCUUGCGCUGGUACCAAUAUUCAGCACAUUUCAUUUGCAUCCUUUUUAGACUUCUCCUCUUUAACGUAUUAGAAUCACAAUAAGUGUUUGUUAUGCGGUUUGUUUGAGGCAAUCUUGACAUCUCCAGCUCUUUUAAUUUGCUUUCAGAUUGCUGUCAGUGGAAGCUUUGAUUUGAACCAUGUACACGGUCCUCACACAGUCAGGGUUUGGGGACUUGCUUUCAAUUCAAUAACUCCAGCAGAUGCUAAGAGCAUGGCAGACAAUACACCAACCCUCCACUGGAGAAGGGUUCAGACACACCGUAGCAAUUUUUGUGGAUAAAUCUUUUCAUCUGUUUAAACAAUAUGUAAAUAUUUAAUUUCUCAGCCAACGCACUCUUGUUUUCCGUUAUAGUCUCAUGUGUGCAUUAUAAAUGUCCUGAGAAUUCUGUUUUCACCCCAGUAGACUUGUUUCUCUCUACAAGUUACUGGAAUAUUAUGGUGAAAACACAUAGCUGUGUAAGAGGACACUAAUGAGAUUUGAUAAUGAACAAUUUUAUAAUGUGCAAUGAUACUCUUUCUAAUUUAUUUAAAGCCCUUUCUAUAAUGAAAAUCAAAAAAACAUAAUUUUCUUAUUCUAUUGUGCAGUUUGGAUGCCUAAUCUGGUUACUGUUUUUUUGUUUUUAAGAUUUUAAGCACUUUCUCUGCUAGCCAUAAUUAUUAUAAUAAUAGCAUUUAAAUGAUAAUUUUCAAGUUCAGAUAUAUAUGUCAUAUAUUUUACCUGUAUCACUGAUCUAUCUUAUAAAGUAGAGGUGGCUCUCCAGCUGUUGUGAAACUACAAGAUUCAGAGUAUGCUGAGCCUUGUAGUUCAACAUCAGUUAUAGAUCUGCAGAUAUCCUAAUUGAUAACUAUAACAUAUAUUUACUAUAUUUUCUAUAAUAAAUCACUGAUACAAUUAGGGUUCAUUAUCAACUACACAUUGUGGUAUGUUAUUGAUGCCUAGUUGCAGCAGUAUGUUUCUUGUACAUAGGGAACAGGCCAUACUUUUACACGACUACUGUAUAUAGGGGGUCAUUCCGAGUUGAUCGCUCGCUAGCAGUUUUUAGCAGCCGUGCAAACGCAUUGUCUCCGCCCACCGGGGAGUGUAUUUUCGCUUUGCAGAAGUGCAAACGUCUGUGCAGCAGAGCACCUGCAAAAACAUUUUGUGCAAAACAAGACCAGCCCUGGACUUACUCUUCGUGUGCGUUGAUUCUAACAUUGGAGGGAUUGCUUUUGACGUCAUACACCCGCCCAGCGUUCGCCCAGCCACGCCUGCGUUUUUCCCUGGCACUCCUGCGUUUUUUCAAACACUCCCAGAAAACUGUUAGCUGACACACAUAAACGCCCCAUUCCUGUCAAUCUUCUUGCGGCCGCCAGUGCAAAUGAAAUCGUCGAUAGAACCUGUGCAAAACUACAAUUCUCUUUCUACCUAUAUGUCGCGUGUGCGCAUUGCGGUGCAUACGCAUGCACAGAUUAGCCGUUUUUUUUACACUGAUCGCUACAUAGCGAACAACGGCAGCUAGCGAUCAACUCGGAAUGACCCCCAUAGUCGGCACAGCUCUCAGAGUAAUGUUAACUACUGUAAAUUACCUCUAUGAAAACCUAUUACAGGUUUACACACUAGAGGUCUCCAACUGUUGUUAUCCACAGCUCCUUUGCCUAGAAGAACAACUGCAUUCAUGCAUUAGUGGGGUGUAGUACUGGUGACCGGCGGUCUCCUGACCGCCGGUCACCUUACCGACGCCGGGAUCCCGGCAGCAUACCGACGCCGGGAUCCCGGCGGGGAGGGGCGAGUGCAGCAAGCCCCCUGCGGUCGCCACGGGUUCUAUUCCCACUCUAUGGGUGUCGUGGACACCCACGAGUGUAAAUAGUCCCUGUUGGUCGGCAUGCCGACCAUCGGGAUAGUGAGCCGUCGGGCUCACGGAGGAGGUCAUGUGACUGUCGGUCAGCUGACCGGCGGUCACAUGAAUACCACCCCAUUAGUGGGCCCACAGUAAAAACAAGAUUAGUGGGCCCCAUGUCCUUCCAUCUAAUUCUAGCUUGGUCAAAGGUAGAUUCAGGGUUAGGAUUUAAGCUAGCAUUAGGGGCAUGGAAUUGUUAGGAUUACAAUCUAACAGCUAGAGAGCCAUAAAUAAACCACCUACAAAAUGCAAGUGGAACAAUCCCUAGUGGAAUGAGCAGUAACAGUUUCCUUAUAAUAUUUUUGCUGUAUAUCUGGAAGCGAUGAGUGGGGUGGGGGGUGGGGUGGGUCGAGGUAUUUAGGGGUAUUUAUGGACACAGAAACCUUAUCCACAUAUUCUAGAACCAUUUAUGUCUGACUGUAACUUUACAGUAUCUGACAUGCUGUUACUUUUAGUCAGUAGAACCACACUUUCCUAUCAAUGUAGCCAUAGACAAUCCCUAAUGCUAAAGAUGUCAAUACACUUUUUUCCUUCUUGUACUUCAGACUUGCACUGAAUAAAAUAUGCCUCUCUCAGGUACUUGCCAUUUAUGAUGGAUGCUGUUGCAAUGACAGUGUAUUUUUGCCUAAUUACUGUGUAAAACAACCCCCAGGACUUACCUUAGGAUGUAGCUAUAGGGGUAAUUCCUGAUAAUUGCCUCUGGCAAACGUAGAUGCUUAGUGCACCCAAAGCCUUCCACCUUUUGAUAACUCAGUGUUCUGUAACAAAUUAUAAAAGGAAGUUUACUAUAUGUGAUGUUAUGUACAAAAAAAGAAAAAAAGAAAAAAGAAAAAGGAAAGACAUUUAGAUGUGGGUUACCCUCUCUUCCUUUAUUGUAAAGAUAUAGCGAAAUAUAGAGAAACGCACUUAUUUUCACACAAAUUCUAUGUUUUCUACAGUGUGUUUAAACUCUCUGGAGACAGAUUUGUUACUUGAAAUCUUAUUGAGCAUUUAGGGUAUGAAGUGUUGAACCUUUUCUGACUGGCAGAAAUAGAGUCCUGGAAUUACCUCCUUUCACUGCCUUUCAGUGUACGGACCACUACAUCUAAAAUACAAGUUGCUUGAUAUUGAAGAUGAGACAGGAACAAGUAUGUUUUAAAUAUUCAAAACUCAUGUUUCAAAUAUGGUCAAUACAUCAUAUUGUGCGACUGUGACCCGCAAAGGCCUGUAUCUGUGCACAGUAUGAAAUCACUAGAGUAAAUUCAGGCAGCCUGUGGGUUUCAGUAUACUGGUAGGGUCUGCUGGACAUUGCAGAUCCCCAACAACUAGACUGCUGCAGGUAGUCUACCUCAAAUCAACAGUAUACUCUGAAAACGUGUUACUAACCUAAAUGGCUAUUAUGUUGAUUUAUAUAUAUAUAUGCAUUAUUUAUUUAAAUAUAUAUUUCCAAUAUCGAAAACAGUGGUUUCAGUAUGUAAAGAACAUGUAUACUGUAUCUUUCUUACCAGCAAAAGUCAGUAUAAGGUAAAUAUCCCUUUACAUCUUCCAAAAGAAAAACAAAGCAAUGUGUUUAGAAAUAGUAGCAGGAGGGCUGCAGGUACAAACCAGUCUGUAGAAGACAGCCUAACUUUUACAAAUGCAUUUAUUUAUUAAUUUCGGGCUUUUAUUUUUUUUAUAUAUUGCAAGCAUAUUUGCCAGCGCUUUAUAGAGACUAUUUGUCCAUUCAAGUCAGUCCAAGCCCCAGUGGAGCUUACAGUCUAUGGGGGUUAUUCAGAGUUCAUAGCAGUUUUUGCUACUUUAGCAAAAACUGCUACUGAUAAAAUUGCAUGCUGGAGGCCACCCAGCUCAGGGCAAUGCAACCCAGCAUGUGUGGCGCUGCCCAGCGAUGCAAUCAGUUUAAUUGCAAUCACAUUGCAAAAUGAGAAUUAAAGGUAGACCCCUGCAUAUGCAACCAGGCUGCGUGUGCAGGUGGUCCGGUGCCAUGUUUCCUAUUGCAAGAAAUGCUGGCAACAUCAUCAGGCCGCCCUAAAAAUCUGCCAUGACUCGCCUGCAUUUUCUGCACUCCCCCCAACGCCACCCCGAAUGCCCGCUGCCUGUCAAUCACGAUCUAAUCGCAUCUUUCCGGGAUGCAAUCGCAUAGCGAAAGUCCGCGCAUGCACACUACGGCCGCAGCGCAUGCACAGAUGGUUGAAAAUUGUAAAUUUGUGAAAUUGUCAACAUUGCGUUCUCCCAGUGGAGUCACAAGGCGGGUGCGGGGGUGCGGCCCGCACCCGGGUGUGACACCAAAUGUCAGCUCCUCCGCAGUGUCAGGAGCCAGGUGCUGCAGUGAGAAAGUCUCCUACAGCACCCGGCUCCUUUCGUAGAAGAGGAGCGUCAGCGCACGGAGACUGUCUCUGUGGGAAGCCCAGCAGCAUGCCUCCAGAGUGACGAUUCGUGAUCCAUGCGAAGCCACGGCCCCUAUGUGUAUGGCCACACCCCCUUUUUGCCGUGAGUACGGCAGGAAAUCAGGGGUGCGCACCGGCUGUCACCACACCUGGUGACGCCUCUGCAUCCACCUCUAAAUACCCCCUUAUAUUCCCUACUACAUGUACAAAAAACAUAUAAACAAUAGGGUUCAUUUUUGUUGUUAACCUACCAGUAUAUGGAAACCAGAAUUACCUACCAACAUCGCCCGAGGCUAAUUCAAGAUUAGGGGGUGUAUAUGACACACCAAGGGCGCAAUCACGUAAUAUUUUUUUUUGGGUGGGGGUGGAUUUUAUAGAAACACCUCUGGACCUCCCACAAUUUGAGAGAAAUCCCUUAAAAUGGACACAGUUGGGAGAUAUGCAUUUGGUAUCAUUACAAGAUGUAUUUUCAUAUUUGUUUUACUUGUAUUUACGGUGUAGUGGUCCGUUAAAUCAUUCAGCAAGCAUAUUAGUACAGGGGUUGAGACACACAAUGUAUAAAUGGUACUUCAAAUCUACUGUGUAUGACAUUUCUUGUUAAAUAAGAUAUUUUUCUUUAAAAUCCUGAUUCACUGUGGAUACUGGAAAGAAAUUAGAGCAAAAUCAACUUUUGAUUUAACAUACCAGACCUACAACUUACAAGUUGGGAUUCUCUUCUAUGCUUGCUCACAUAUAUUUCCGGUAUUGAAUAAUUAGAUAUGUUUUUGCUGACCAAAGCUGUAAAUUCCCCACUGACCUUGUUGUCCUCCAUAUUCUCUAUCCCCUUCCUGUUCUCUCUGAUUUGUAUGGGGUAAUGCCACAAAUUGAUACCCUCUGUCUUUUCUCUCUCUAUGUUUACCAUUGACAUUCAUAUUAUCUUUAUGUUGGAUUCACUGCUGAAAUUAAUUGUUGACUUUAUUUUUACACAAUAAAAAAAGAGAAGAAGCAA